ACAGUGCCUCUUAAAAGACGCCACUUAUUCGGAAAUUAGUGUGAGCGUUUCCGGGUCACGCGACGCUGAUGCUUGGGAGUCAUGUGAUACCAAGAUGGUGGUGCCGCGGUAGCUUCUCUGGGACAGUGCAGUCCUAGGAGCCGCCAACAGUUUCUGUUCUUAGGUUUUGGGGAGGCCCAUUUAGCUGACUCUGCGGCCGUCCGUGACUAGUAUUAAGGACCUGAUCAGAGCUGGAACUGUUGAUGUCACUGGAAAUAUGAUCAGCGCCCCUGAUGUGGUGGCCUUCACCAAGGAAGACGAGUACGAGGAAGAACCUUACAAUGAGCCCGCCUUGCCGGAGGAAUACUCAGUACCUCUCUUCCCGUAUGCCAGCCAGGGGGCUAACCCCUGGUCUAAACUGUCCGGGGCCAAGUUCUCCAGGGACUUCAUCCUUAUUUCCGAGUUCUCUGAACAGGUGGGACCUCAGCCCUUGCUGACUAUCCCCAAUGACGCCAAAGUUUUUGGCACUUUUGAUCUCAAUUACUUCUCCUUGCGGAUCAUGUCAGUGGAUUACCAGGCUUCAUUCGUUGGUCAUCCUCCUGGUUCUGCCUACCCCAAGUUGAACUUUGUGGAGGACUCCAAAGUGGUGCUGGGAGACUCUAAGGAAGGGGCCUUUGCAUAUGUGCACCACCUCACCUUGUAUGACCUGGAGGCCCGUGGCUUUGUGAGGCCCUUUUGUAUGGCUUAUAUCUCUGCGGACCAGCAUAAAAUCAUGCAGCAAUUCCAGGAGCUUUCGGCUGAAUUUUCCAAAGCAUCCGAGUGCUUGAAGAUGGGUAACAGAAAGGCAUUUGCCGGGGAACUUGAAAAAAAGCUGAAAGACUUGGAUUAUACGAGGACUGUGCUGCACACAGAAACCGAGAUCCAAAAGAAAGCCAAUGACAAAGGUUUUUAUACAUCUCAGGCAAUUGAGAAAGCCAAUGAACUGGCCAAUGUGGAGAAGUCCAUCAUUGAGCAUCAAGAUUUGCUGAGGCAGAUCCGCUCGUACCCUCGCCAGAAGAUGAAGAUACCUGCUUUACAUCCUGGCGAUACGGAGCACACCCAAGACCAGGCUGCCCAGGUCUCCACUACCUCCAACCCCGAGGAGUCAGCUAAUGCAGACCUUUAUACGUGCAGACCGGCUUACACCCCGAAACUCAUCAAAGCAAAGUCCACCAAGUGUUUUGACAAGAAGUUGAAGACCUUGGAAGAACUCUGUGACACUGAAUAUUUCACUCAGACCUUGGCCCAGCUUAGCCACAUUGAACACAUGUUCCGGGGAGACCUAUGCUACCUCCUGACCAGUCAGAUUGACAGAGCACUUCGAAAACAACAGCACAUAACAAAUUUCCUCUUUGAAGACUUUAUGGAGGUUGAUGACAGGAUGGAGAAACAAGAGAAUGUGCCCUCUCGGCCCAGUCAGGACAGGCUGCCAUCCAGGCCUGUGGAAGAAUGUCCCAUUCCUAAAGUGUUAAUUAGUGUUGGUUCGUACAAGUCCAGUGUGGAGUCUGUUUUGAUCAAGAUGGAGCAGGAACUUGGAGAUGAAGAAUACAAGGAAGUGGCAGCAGCAGAGUCAAGCAAUUUUGACCCCCAAGAAAACCUGGACUACCUGGAUAUGGAUAUGAAAGGGAGCAUCAGCAGUGGGGAAAGCAUCGAGGUUCUGGGCACCGAGAAGUCAUCCUCUGUGCUGUCUAAAUCUGACAGCCAGGCCAGCCUCACGGUGCCAUUGAGCCCCCAUGUAGUCCGUAGCAAGGCAGUCAGCCACAGGACGAUCAGUGAGGACAGUAUUGAAGUCUUAAGCACCUGCCCAUCUGAGGCCCUCAUUCCUGAUGACUUUAAGGCCAGCUACCCAAGUGCCAUUAAUGAGGAAGAACCCUAUGCAGAUAGUGAGGGGGCCAUCCAUUUCGAGGCAAGUGUCUGCCCACCAGAACUGGGUGAGACUCAGGAGGGCAGCUUGGAAAAUACCCCAUCCCAAAUAGACUCCAGCUGCUCUAUUGGAAAGGCGAGUGAAGGUCAGCUGGUUCCUCUUCCCACCCCGGCUGACACUCUUUCUGAUGAGGAUGGUGUGGUGAGCAUCCCCCCACAAAGCUCCAGGCAGAAGGACCAGGGGUUCCAUGUGGACGUUGAGAUGGAAAACACUGACCCUUCUCCCCGAGACAACAGCUGUGAAAUGUUCCCAGCUUAUGAGCUGGAUCCAAGCUGCCUCCUAGCUAGCCGAGAUGUUAGUAAGACAAGCCUGGAUAAUUACUCGGACACCGCAAGCUACAUGAGCAGUGUGGCCUCUACCAGCUCAGACAGAACCCUCUCUGCUCAUUCUGCUGGCCUAUCCUCUGAGAGACACAAAAAGAGAGCUGGCCAGAAUGCCUUAAAAUUCAUCCGCCAGUACCCCUUCGCCCACCCAGCUAUCUACUCCCUGCUUAGUGGGAGGACACUUGUGGUCCUGGGCGAAGACGAAACCAUAGUCAGGAAGCUUGUCACCGCACUGUCUAUCUUUGUUCCCAGCUAUGGCUACUAUGCCAAGCCAGUCAAGCACUGGAUUUCUUCCCCUUUGCAUAUUAUGGAUUUUCAGAAGUGGAAGCUUAUUGGCCUACAGAGAGUGGCCUCCCCUGCCAGUAUGGGUACCCUCCAUACCCUGAGCCGUUACAGCCGCUAUACAAGCAUCCUGGACCUGGACAGCAAGACCCUACGCUGCCCCCUGUACAGGGGAACACUGGUGCCCCGCCUGGCCGACCAUCGCACCCAGAUCAAGCGAGGCAGCACAUACUACCUGCACGUCCAGAGCAUGCUCACCCAGCUCUGCUCCAAGGCAUUCCUCUACACCUUCUGCCACCACCUGCAUCUGCCUGCCCACAGUGAGGAGACACAAGAAGCCGUGGCCAGCAGACAAGCCAGCUUCCUAAAGCUCAACCUGGGACUCGUGAAUGAGGACAUCAGAGUGGUGCAGUACCUGGCUGAGCUGUUGAAACUGCACUACAUGCAGGAGUCACCUGAGACCACCCAACCCCUGCUCAGGUUUGACUAUGUCCCCAGCUUUUUGUACAAAAUCUAAGAGUUCCAGCCACCGUGACCAAGACCUGUGACUUGGUAUGGGAAGGGAAAAGGUCGGUGUGACUAAAUGGUUGCCUGAGCUGGAGUGUUGAGCUUUCUGGUGUCAGCAGGAAGGAAACAGGUGGCAGUCGUGGUUCCCAUCUAGCCCUGGGCAGUGUGUGAAGUGGGCCAAGCAGAGGUGGAGCCUGGCUCUCCAGAGGUGGCUGUUCUGGGGAAGUAGCUGUCAAAUAGGGGUUGUCCUUAAUUUUCCAAGGAUCAACAGUCUGGGCAGGAAGAAGAAAGCUCCAGACUCUUGGGGCUGGAAAAGAUGAGGCUAAGUAGCCAAAGCCCAGAUGACACCCGAGUAUCAGCCUGGGAACUGGUGUGUGUAGGAACAAGACAGCCAUCACCUCCAUCUACCUCUACCAAGGCCCUUUACUUGGCUUCCUGGAGCCCAAUAACUGAGGGAGGAAAAGUGCUCUGGUCAGUUGGAGAAAGAUACAUCUGGGCUCUGGGGGAUGCAGAAGUGGCCCCCUGUCCUAUCUUCCCCUCUGUCAAGGAAGUGCUUAUUGAGUCCCUGGGGGUCCUUCCUUACAGUGGUCCUGGAUGUGAAGCAGGUAUCAAAUGGCUAUAGCCCAUAUGAGAACCUUGGGAGCAGUAGAAGAAGCAGGCCCUAGCCCAUUCCCCACUUGUAUGGCAGGAGCUGCCCACUGGCUCUUCUCGGCCACACCAUUAACUCGAACGCCUCUGGAAAGGGAUGCGGCACUCUGCUACCUCUCCUGGGGCCUAGGGGCUUGGUGACCACUGAGUUCUGACUAGAACUUAGGAGCAAGGCUAUCCCAUUCCAGCUCCUGGGUGACUAUCAUAGACCCAUACCCGAGAGGCAGUGUGCACUUCUAUCCUUACAAUCAUCCCCAUGUGCGUCCCUUCCAGUCCCACUGGUGGCCAUCGUCAUGACCUCCCGGGGACUCCUGUUGCAGCUGCUUCUGCUGGGCCUCAUGUGCUACAUGGAGCACUCCUCAGUCUGGAAAACGUGAGACCUGUUUAAAAAUGUUUUCUCCCUAAACAGAAGCCCUGGUUAUUAAUGCUCCUUUUUAAUUUGCAACAAAACUGCAGUAAACUGGACCUGGAUCAGCCCUGUGCAUGCAUCGAUUAGAUGCUGUGUCCCCUGCACUCAGGUCUCUCAGCUGGCCACACCACUGAGGUCUCUCACAAGAAGGAACCCUGUAGAAGCCAAGUAACCAAAGAUGGCUUGGCAGCAUGUCACUCCUGCCUUUGACACGAGGUUGGUUCUGGUCCACGGCUUCAGGUCAUGGUCCCCAUUUCACUUUAGACAGUAUGUGGCUUUCUAAGGCUUUGACAGAGAUCCAGGAUUUUGUCACUGUAUUUACAGACACCUUAGCAGCUGUGGUUUCUCUUCAUGGGCUCCCUCAUCUGCUACUGCUUCUCAGUGUUCUAGAUGCAACUUUGGCUGGUUGGCAAGGUGGUGUUUCCUCAGGCCUCCAAGGAUGAAUGUGUUCUGGAGCUCAAGAGCUAGGCUGGGAGGUGGUCAGUUUCUGGUACUGCCUCAGCACGGGGAUUCGGAGGUGAACACUGUUCCCUACGCUGAGAAAGGCGGAUGAGCUGCAGCCACACUUGGCCUUCUGGAUACUGAAAACACAAACUCCAGUGGUCUGAAGUGGAGCUCCACGUGCAGGUAUCUCCUUGGCAUUCAGCCACAUGGUGACUCAGAAGACAAAGCCAUGACUGAUGUGAAGUGGGCACAACUGUCUUGUGUAGCAGCUGUGGAAAUGGCCUCUCUUGAAUGACUCCUCACCAACUACAGACUCACAAGGGGUCAAACUCUAGGAUUUACCUUUUUUGUUUUGUUUUUGAGAUAGGAUUUCAUGUUAACCCAGGCUGGGUCAAAUUCAGUAUGUACCAAGGAUAACCCUGAAUUCUUGAUCCUUCUGCCUCCCCAUCCCAAUUGCCGAGAUGAUAGGUGUGUACCACCAGACCCAGUGACUGGAUUUAGGCUUGGUGAUUUGGAAGGAUUACUUAAUGCUGAAAGCAUGCCUCCUCUCAGGAUCUUAGUCACAAGGACUGAGUUUGGACUGAGGCAGUUAGCACUUUUUUCCUCUGCUGUAGAGGACUGGAAUCCUCUAGAAGUAGAAGUCCACCUUGAUGCUGUGGAGACCUAUGCAGCAGGACUCAACUCCUUGAAUUUUCAUUUGUCAUUGGGCGUGGUGGUACACAUCUUUAAUCUCAGCAUUCAAGAGGUGGAUCUCUGUGAGCUAGAGGUUACCCUG